GCAUUUUCUCCAUCUACCUGCCUCCUACUCCAAUUAAUUUUGUUUAGUUGAGGGUUACAACUUACAACUUCAAAUUCCCAAUGGGACCAUAAAAUUCGAAUCUCUCUCUAAACAAGCCAAGAACAAAUCCAUCACCGCCAUGGAAAUCGCCUCCUCCGCAACCAAGGAUCUCAAAUCCACCACCGCCGCCGCCCGCUCCCGGAGACGCCGCAACAUCUGCAUCGGAGCCUCCCUCGGUGCGCUCCUCCUCCUCGUCAUUCUAAUCCUCAUUCUGGCCUUCACGGUGUUCAAGGCCAGGCGCCCGAUCACCGCCAUCAACUCCGUCGCCCUAGCGGAUCUCGCCGUCUCGCUCGACAUAGCCCGAGUCGCCGUCGACAUCAACGUCACUCUGAUCGCCGCCGUCGCCGUUACGAACCCUAACAAGGUCGGUUUCAGCUACUCGAACAGCACCGCGCUGCUCAACUACAGAGGCGAGCUGGUCGGGGAGGCGCCGAUUCCCGCCGGCCGGAUCGACGCGGAUCAGAGCAAGGACAUGAACAUCACGCUCACGAUCAUGGCGGACCGGCUGCUGAGUAAGUCGGCGGCGGUGUUCUCCGACGUGGUCGCCGGAUCGAUGCCGUUGAACACGUACACGAGAAUUUCAGGGAGGGUGAAGAUAUUGGGGAUUUUCAAGAUUCACGUCGUUUCGACCACGUCCUGUGAUUUGACAAUCGACAUAUCGAGCAGAAAAAUUGGAGAUCAGCAGUGUAAUUAUCAUACUAAGAUCUAAUUAACCUUCUUCUUCUUCUUCUUCUUCUUCUUCUUCUUGUUUCCUAAUUUAUAAACAUAAUUUUAGGCCGAUUUUUAGGGCUUUUUUUUUACACUGUUCUGAUUGAUUGCUUAUGUUUUGUUACUAUUUCUGAAGUGCUUUUCCUCUGUGACUGAUUUUUUUCUUAUA